UUGCAUAUGCUGAUUAAAACCUCUAUAAUUUGUUACAGUAUCAAUUUUUACCUAUAUACUUUCAGCUUUAAUUGAUCACAUGGUUUGUCAUGUGAUUCUUUAUGAAGCUGCACUCCUCCUGACAUGCCUACUUGGGGACUUCCUGCCAUCCACAGUGAGUGGUAACCAUGGCAACCUGUGGAGAGCUUUGAUUGACAGCCUCACUCAUGGGGGCGUGGCUUUCUUCUCCUGGGCGGUCCUGGUACAGGCAAGGAAUAUUAGGGGAUUCUGGGAGAGUUUGAUCUGUGGACUUCUGGGCAUGGCGAUAGACAGUGACCAUUUUAUUGCUGCCAGAUCUUUGUCAUUACAGGCUGCAUUGUCUCUGAGAUCGCGACCUUUCCUCCACUCAUCGACCUUGACCCUGGCCCUCUGUGUCCUCCUCUUCCUGACAGGCCACGCCCUCAACAAGGGGUGGAUCAAGCUUCUGUCCGUCAUGUGUUUUCUGGCCUGGACGUCACACCAUGUCAGGGACGGAUCAAGGCGGGGCCUCUGGUUCCCUCCCCUUGGCUCCACCCCCGCUAUUCCGUACAGUAUCUAUGUCACAGUGACCUGUUUAAUGCCACUGGUUAUGAUGUUUCUGUUACAGACAUGCCAUGUGGAUUUCAUAAGCUUGACUGGUCACAGACAGCUGGUAAAAGAAGCAAGACUUAAUAAUAUACUACCUGUAUGAUGCCAGACAUUGUGAUUAUGUAUGAGUGAAUACUAAUUUAUCCUUAUAUUAUAUAUUCUUUUUUAAUGAUAUUUUUUUUGGUUUAUUUUUAAAAGAUGAUCUACGCUAGUGGAGUUAUCAUUCUUGAUUAAUAAUCCCCUUUUUGUGGCAAACAUUAUUAUUCAGAUUUUUUGCUAAGUACUUUGACAAAAUUCUCCUCACAUGUAUUUGAAAGGAAAAAUGGUUUUUUACCUACAUCAAACUCAUGUGUUAUAAUUUCAACAUAUAUAAGCAGAUGAAAUAGAUAACACAUACAUUUUUUUGCACAUUUAUGCAUAAAUAUUAUGUUACAUUUGCUAAAGUGCCCAUGUAUAUAUAUAAAAUAUACAAAUAGAGUGCUGGCUUGCUGGCUAUGAAAAAAAAUUGUGGUUUCCUCACAUUAGGAAUUAGGGUGUACCCUCUCCCCUCUUUACGUAACA